CACACACGCAACGCCGGGCAACGCAUCCACCUUCUCGCACACUGGGAAGUCCUCGCUCAUCCCACGCCCAUCUCCUCCGCCCCCGGCUACGAAUUCCUGUGCAGCUACACCUGGGCGCAAACAGCCGCAGGGAACCCAACGAUCUACGUGCCCGGCCGGCCCCCGAAAUGGACCCCUCCCGCGCUCCCCACCCAGCUAGAAAAGGACCACGGACACCAGUGGCGCGACCAACACGCCUACCGCACGCCAACCCACCAAUUCGAGCCUGUGUUCCAAGCCCUGGCCGUCAUGAACCCAAACGUCCGCUUCGACGAUGUCGAUGUCGUGGUGAAUAGGAACUCGCUGCAGAAGCUCUUCGAUUUUGCUACGUUUAAGCGCGGGACACAAUUCCACGUUUCUCUUGAUAUGGUGCACAACACGCUGUUCAUCGGGCGGCAGGAACGCAACGCGCGAACGGCGCCGAACAGCGGGUACGGACGGUCUUUCGAAGCGGCAUUCACAUCUGCAGACCCCAACCAACCCCUAGCAGACGGACACCACCGCGUGAUAAAAUACGCACUCGGCGGCUUGAACCUAGUUGUUAGAAUGGAGGCGGAUGCUUACUACCCCGACGCGCAUACCCAUGCCAACGACGAGGGGGAAUUCUUCCUCAACACCCUGCACGUUAAGGGUACAAGCGGCAUCCCCUCCUCACAUAGCACAACAGUCAUCCCCCUCGCCCUCCAAUCCCGCACCCCACACGCCCACACCCUCGAGCUAAAAAGCAGCAGCACCCUCUCCGCCGCCAUGCCGCAGAUGUGGUUCGGCCGCACGCCGUACGUGUGUCUGGGCAAGCACCGGGGCGGACGCAUCACUGCCGCAGAUGUUGUGCAUCUGCAACGCAGAGAUUUCGCGGCGUGGGAGGAGAAGCAUCAGCGUGGGUUGCGGCGGCUGGCGUGGUUGCUGGCCGAUUUGAAGAGGGUUGUUACGGAGAAGGGGGGUGGGGCGGCGCUGUUGGUCGCGAUUGAGAGGGGGGCGCCUGUGCAGGUUUUUGAGGCGAGGGGGGCGAAGGGGGCGCUUCCUGGGGGGGUUGUGGAGCGGUUUUGG